CCCGAGGAACCUGCAGUAACUACCAAAAGCUGGGGGUUUUCACGAGCUGGAAACAGCGAGACUAGUUGAAAUGAUGGCAGAUCAUGGAAACCUCUGCAAUGGGCAGGAAGCCACCUACUGCAUGAAUGGAGGGACAUGCUAUAAUAUACCUUCCAUGAACACACUCUCCUGUGUGUGCAAUGGAAAUUACAAAGGCAGCCGAUGUGAGCAUUUCCAGCUCUUCAGCAGUUCCGCCAAUGCAGAGGAAGCAGGGUUAAUUGCAGCCGUGAUAAUUUUUGUGCUCCUCAUUUCCGUGGUGGUGGCAUUCAUUAUCUACUACAUACACAAGAUGUUGAAAGCCAAGCAACAGAGCAAACAGAACAAUCAGCAACAGUAUUGGAGAGUAAAACCCGGAGUUUGAUUUUUUGUGUGAUGUACAUUUAUUUU